AUGGUGGAAAGUGUGUCAAGAGAAAUUAUCCAGCUUCUGAAGUUGUGAUAGCUUCGCGAGGGCAGGUAUCCAGGAAUGUCAGGAAUAAUAAACAGUCAGUCUCCUCAGUCCGUAAAGAAAGUGAACAUUAUAAUUGGCUUUUCAUACAUAAAUUUGUGUAGAAUGCAAUUUCGUAUUAUUGUCAUAAAUUUAAAGUCAGAGUAAAGACGUUUCUGCUUGUAAAAUGCAUCGCUGUACGCACUACAGUGAUUACUACCCCACCCCUUUACAAUACCAAUAUCGCUAUUUCUACCCAUCCCCAGUCUUGCCUGCCGUAAGGACGAUUGCUUCAUCUCGUGUUCACACUUGUGGUGUUCAUACAAUGCAACAUGGUUGUAAUUUGUGGAAUAAAAUCGGGUCUAGAUUCUCCUGUCCAGAAUUGGAUCCCAGUAAUGUCAGAGAUCACUCAUUCAAAAAAAUGUUUCCUUGGCGUGUGACCCCCAGUGCUGACAUCCUUAAAGAUUCGUCCUUUUAUACUGGGAAAGGGAUAACUUAUAGAUGUGGAAGUUCAAGGGAAAUGAGUAAUGACUUGCAAUCAUUGGAAAAGUUUCCAAAUUUAGUGAAGUCAUCCAAUAUUUGUGCAUCUCAUGCAAGCCAAAGCUACACGUUGCCAGGAAUAAAAGUUUCUCCCGGAGAGUGGCGGAUCAACAACCAUCAACUUACUUCUGGGGCCGAGUACGCUCAUAAUGCUGCAAUAAUGAUGAGAACAGAAGCUCAAGGUUGUAUAGAAGAGGCUGAGAAGGAGCAAGUACGUCGACUAACUGACACAAACAAGGAUAUCGAUGACCGACUCAAAGAUAUCGACACUUGGGUGAAUAAUGAGAAGGACGAGCUAAAAUUCAAUGUUAACCAAGCUCAUGAGUUGUUAGAGUUAAAAGAGCGAUUGGAGGUUAUGAUGAAGAACAUUGAAACGCCACUAGAAAUUUCGCAAGAGAACGUUCUUGCAAGAGAAAGUAGGCAAGGUGCAGAGUUGGUACACGAUGCGGUUGAAGAGUCACUGCUAAAAGAGAUUGAAACAAUGCGGAGAAAUCAGGAUAAGUUGAUGGACGAAAUGAAUCGACUAAACCAGCAACUGACCCGACUACGAGCAGCUCGUCAUGAGAUUGAGAUGGACAUACGGAAUAAGGAGGAUGCUCGCAAGACCGAUGAGUGUGUGAGAUUAUUGAGCAAACUUUCUAAUGAAAUUGGAGGAACAGAAGUCAUCAAUGGAUUAUUGACAAAUAGUUCCCCAACCACUUGGAUACUAAACAGUCAAAAUUUAAUUCAGAAAUCAGUGGAAGAGAGAAACAUGUCUCAAGUUCUGUACACGGAAGUAAUUCGCACCAUGCUGGGUUGCGCAGACGAAACAUUCAACGUGUGGUAUGAAACUAACUCAAGUUUCAACACCAGAGUUUCUGAGAUCAUUACAGCCAAGCAGCAAUUAGAAAAGCAACUGGUGAAGAUCACGCAAGACAUUGAAAGCGUCAACAAGCACAUGAUCAAAGUGAAGAAUGCAUUAGAUGAAAAAUUACCACAGCUGAAGCUAGCAACAGCAAGACUGGAUAAGCGCAAACAGCGUCCAGGAAUUGAACUUUGUCACGAUAAAGUGAUGCUUGCUUUGUACAGAGAGAUUUACGCGUUGAAACAUGCCGUUGACAUGCUCAGUUCCAAAUUACACGACUUGGAAACUGCAAUGGAUCAACUUAUGCGAACCAAAGGGACUUUGGAACACGACAUCAAGCUCAAAGAUGUGGCGUUGUUUGUUGACCGUGAAAAAUGCUUAUCUUAUCGUCACAAUUUUCCAAUUUCAACUUUUAAGGAAACAAGAUAUUCAACAAAGAGGUUGACUAAUUCAAAUGGAAUAAUCGCAUAAAAAUAAAACUCGUAGAACUUUUACGGGUAGAAGUAAAUAAGUACAUAAACGCAAUAGAAUUCGUAACUCCUACAAAUAUACAAUUAUACCGUUGAGAUUCGAAUAAUCGCUACAAUAUCCAUUUCUCAUUUGCUCAUAAAAUAAAUUUCAAUUAAAUAAAGUUUGCAAAAUAAAAUCUACCAUACGUA